GUGUGUGUGUGUGUGUGUGUGUGUGUGUGUGUGUGUGUGUGUGUGUGUGUGUGUGUGUGUGUAUAUUUACACAGACGGGAAUACUGAGCCAAAGGAAGUGCGCCGGUUCUCCGUCUGCGCGUCCUGACUUCCUGCUCUGAGUUGGACAGAAAGGAGCUGCGGACCGCAGCAGCAUGGAGCCCCUCACACACACGCCGCUGUAGACUCACACACACAUCCCAGACGGACAGAGGUGCGGCGGCCGUCCACAGCAGGGUGUGUGUGUGUGUGUGUGUGUGUGUGUGUGUGUGUGUGUGUGUGUGUGUGUGUGUGUGUGUGUGUGUGUGUGUGUGUGUGUGUGUGUGUGUGUGUGUGUGUGUGUGUGUGUGUGUGUGUGUGUGUGUGCACGUGCGUGGUGGUUCCCAGUGACAGGACGUCUACCUCCUGCAGGGGGAAGGCCUUUCCCGGGAAGACGCCCCUGGAGCUGAAUGACAGGAAGUCCUCGUUUAGACAGACAGCACUGCUCCCCUCACUUAACACACACACCCAUGCAGGAAAAGGAAGCGGUGGAGGUUGUGUGUGUUUGUGACGAGCAGAGGGAUACCAGCAGAACAGUAACAGCCGGAUGACGUGCAGGCAAGCGAACCGGAGGACAGCGGGCAGAAGAUCGCCAGUCUCUCCUCCGUCAUGGAGAGCUCCAUCACUCUCUGGCAGUUUCUGCUGCAGCUGCUCAUCGACCAGAGCCACCAACAUCUGAUCUGCUGGACGUCCAGCGACGGAGAGUUCAAGCUGCUGAGGGCAGAGGAGGUGGCCAAGCUGUGGGGGCUGCGCAAGAGCAAGACCAACAUGAACUAUGACAAGCUGAGCCGAGCCCUGCGCUACUACUACGACAAAAACAUUAUAAAGAAGGUGAUCGGCCAGAAGUUUGUCUACAAGUUUGUGUCCUUCCCUGAGAUCCUUAAGAUGGACCCUGCAGCAGUGGAGUCAGGCCACAGUGAGGGAGGGGGGGGGGGGCUGUCAGAGCCUGAGGCUGAAGACGAGGAUGGGGGUGGGAGGAACCAGUACCACCUCUCAAGUAUGUACUCCUCCUUCCCCGUCAGCUCCCUGCAGCCCCCCUUAGAACCUCAUCGUCCCAUCAAGACAGAACCCAGAGCCGAUCGCCAUCGCGACAACUCCUCUGUCAUCAGAUUCGUAACAAACCGUGGCCACUCCUCCCUACCCCCCACUCCACCCCCAUCCUCAACUGAGACCUCUGAUUUCUCCAGACCAUCUCCUCGGCUGGCCCGCUCUUCCUCCUGCUGCUCCUCCCCGCCACAGAGCCCCGCCCACACACAGUGGAAGGGGCGGAGCUCAGAGACUGAUGAGUUAGAGCUGACUGCUCAGCCUCUGAACCUGUCCUCUGGGCAGAGGGAGAGAGUGAGGUUGCAUGGUGCACCAAUGCCAGAGAGGAUUAGAUUGGCCAAUAGACGAAAACACAAAGGCUUGGAAAUCUCUGCCUCCUCUCUCCUGCUGACAGGAAGUGACCUCGUCUCUAUUGCUCUCAACAGCCCGGCGCUGCCUUCAGGCUCCCUGACCUCUGCCUUCCUUACCACACAGGCUCCAUCUGGUCUGCUGCUCACUUCUAGUUCUCUACUCUCCAAUAUCCAUUUCUGGUCAAGCCUGAGCCCAAUGGGACCCCUCAGCCCUGCACAACUACAGAGCCAUGCCCCCCUCUUUCAGUUCCCCUCACUGCUGAAUGGACACAUCCCUCUGCCUUUACCCAGCGUGGACUCUCCCUCUCCUCUGCAGCUCUCCUACAUUUCCCAUCAGUCCUGAUGGGACUGGAGCUAGGAGAGUGAAUUGGGCCUCAUCCAACGUUAGCCGUCAAACAUCAGCCUGAGAUGCACUUCCCUCACUGAUGAUACACAAGCUUUACCUGGAAGCUUUUCUCCCUCACAAGAGUAUUUGUAUUAGACAUGUCAUUGUGUGCAGUGUGUACACUACAUUUGUGGGUUUUUUUUCAUGCAAAGACAUUUACCAGAGGUCAGACCUCAUCUAAUUGUGUGCCUCAUCUCAUUGUACUUGGUUUGAACUUCAGUGAUACAGACUGGUUGCAAUUGAACCAGUUAACCCUAUGUAUCCCCAUGCCCUGCCUAAUAUCAAUAUCCUCACCAAUGCCCUAAAGAAAAGAAAGAUAGGUGGACCUUUAUUGAUUCAACUCAGUUUUCCAAUCUGUUUUUUAUACACGCACAUGCAUUUUCUGUUACACAGUUACAUACACACAGUUAUAUUCGUCAAGUCCCUACAGACUGAACCACUGCCGCCCAACAGAGGUCGAAGGGAUCUAUAUAAUCUACAGACCCUAGUACAUCUUCCUUAUCAUUUAUUGUUUGAUGCCACUGUGGUCAACAGUUUGAAGGCUCAAUAUGAAGUGACAGCCAGGUUUGGAUAGAUAUGCUUAGCAAAGGAAAGGGCACAGAACAGGAAAUAGUCUGGUUUAUUCAGUCCAAAUGUUGCAAAAUCUAAAAUUAACUAAUUAACAUCUACAGUGGAGGAAAUAAGUAUUUGAUCCCCUGCAGAUUUUGUAAAUGUACACUUAGUCUGUAAUUUUAAUCGUAGGUUUAUAUAAACAGUGAGAGUAAGAAUAUCAAAAGGAAAAUCCAGAAAUGUACAUUAUAUAAAAGAUAAAAAUGUAUUUGCAUUAAACUGUGGGAAAUAA